AUGCACCAGGUCACGAACGCGAAGACUCCGCCCAACGACACAAAGGAUGCGUCUUCAGACAGCUCUGAACGGCCUCGGUCAGAUCCUGUGGAUGCGUUCCGGAUACCCAACUUCGCGCGCUCCCCAGCACCAGAUUCAUGGCUGAACUCCCCACAAACCGGCUCUUCGCCAAACCCCCAGAUUCGACGCGUCGCUGCAUCCAGCUCACCCAUGCCCUCGCCCAAGACCGUGCUGUACAUCUCCCUCAUCUUCGCCGUCCUCUCUCAAUCCACCCUCGCAAAACCCAUCAGCCCCUUCGCCCCGGCCCCAUACCACGCCCGCACCGUCACCCACCACACCAUCACGACCUCCUCCACCGCUACUCAAACCGCUGGCAAGGUCUUUUCCUGGAUGUCCACAUUCCUCUACCUCGGCUCGCGCCUGCCCCAACUCUACAUGAACCAAAUCCGCAAAUCUACCGCCCGGUCUCUCCCCCACGCUCUUCGCCGCCGCCUUCUUCGGAAACCUCUUCUACUCUUCCUCCCUCCUCACAAAUCCCCCGGUGAAGGUGCGGGUUGGGUAGACCCAGAAGGUUCUAACCGUGAGAACUGGGUCCUCCGCGCGACCCCGUUCUUCCUCGGGGCGGCGGGCGUGUUGAUCAUGGAUGCGGCUGUCGGACUGCAAUUCUGGUAUUUCGGCGACAACGAGCCGGAGUCGAGAGGAAGGGCGCAGGACGACGAUGUUAUCAUCACUGUUGACGACCACGGCAAGCUCAAGCGCCGCCAUUUACACUGGCGCAGAGUCAGUGGGUGGAUGCGCGGAUGGGCACCGGCGGUGAGUGUGGCUGCGACGCCGACUGUGAGUCGUGCCACCACGCCGGCGGAUACGCCGCGCGAGGGCAGUCCGCAGAGUGUUGGGGGUUCGUCGAGUAAGAGCAUUCCGAUUAGGGGCCCAGAGGGGCGAUGCGUUGGAUGA